CGAUGGCUGAAGCCCAGCUUUGUGGAUUACAGGACGAGUUCACCUGCUUGGUGUGUCUGAACACUCUGACUGACCCCGUCACCAUCCCCUGUGGACAUAAUUUCUGCCUGAAGUGCCUCACGGACUGCUGGGAAAAGAGUCAAGAGAGCAGCUGUCCUCAGUGCAGAGAAAACUUCACUACAAGGCCUGCUCUGCGAAGAAAUAAUCUGCUGAAUGAAGUCAUCCAGAAAUUAAAGAAGACGACACUCAGUUCUCCUUCUUCUCAGAAUUAUGCUGGCCCUGGAGACGUGGAGUGUGAUUUCUGUACUGGUAAGAAGUUCAGAGCGGUGAAGUCCUGUCUCCCCUGCAUGGCCUCCUACUGUCAGACUCACCUGCAGCUUCACUAUGAAGGAGAUGCUCGGAAACAUCACAAACUGACUGAUCCUGAUAGAAAUCUGAAGGAGAAACUCUGUGAGAAAGAUCAGAAAAGUCUGGAGAUAUUCUGUAAAACUGAUGAUUCCUGUAUCUGCAUGAUGUCUGGAGUGACUGAACAUAAUGGACAUAAAAUGGUCGAGCUGGAGACGGAAAGAGAAGAAAAGCAG